CAUAGAUCACGCAUUACCUUUUCCACCAUGCCGUUACUUUCCAAGCACCUCACCCGUUAUGUCGGCCAAAUCGUUCAGAAGUCCUUUGCGACCCCAACUCGCACCACAUCGGCGUACCUGGUUCAGAACAGAUCCUGUUCGACCGAACCGGAUCCAAACCAUCCGGUUGUGCAUCUUCCCGGUUUGGGCAAGUUGAAAGGAUCCCUCACCAAGGGAGCCUGGACCGGAGUUCCGAUCCAGCAGUUCUUGAAUGUGCGGUACGCAGAACCCGCCACGGGGGACCGCCGGUUCAAGGCACCCGUUCCAGCUGAACCAUGGGAAGGCGUACGGGAUGUAUCGAAACGUAAUCGUACUUCACCGUAUUAUGGGGACUUGAAAAAGAUGCCCAAGGAUCAGCUUGAGGAUGAUUUGGAAGAUUGCAUCAGUCUGUGCGUGUACACUAAGGAUCUUUCAGGAAAGAAACCCGUAAUGGUCUACAUCCAUGGAGGAGGAUUCUACAGCGGCAGUGCCGCUCAACACCCUCCAGAGUAUCUCCUGGAGAAGGACGUGGUACUAGUGGUUCCUCAGUACCGACUGGCAGCACUCGGUUUCCUAUCAACCAAAACGGAAAACAUUCCCGGCAAUGCCGGAGUCGGCGAUGUACUGCUGGCGUUCCGUUGGGUUCAAAAGUACAUCGAACACUUCGGAGGCGAUCCGGAGCGGGUGACCGCAUUUGGACAAUCCGCUGGAGCUGCGAUCAUAUCGGCCUUGACGUUCAGUCCUGUGGCGGAAGAGUCCCUGUUCAACAAGGUCAUUCUGAACUCCGGGGCUGGACUGGCUAGCAGCUGGUCGGUGGAUUUCAACUGCGAACGUAAUGCAAGGGAUAUCGCUAGACGGGCAGGGUUUGAUGCGAAGGCACCACUGGAAGAGGUGGAGAAGUUUUUGCUUCAGCUAGAUACGUAUACAUUGUUGAAGUCGUUUUCGCAACAUAUGUGGCAGGGAACUCCCAACGGCAUCAACUCCAUCGGAGGACAUCGAUUCACGAUCGGCGGUCCUUCGGGUAUCUUUCCAAAAACACCAUACGAAGUGAUGAAGCGAGGCGGUGGUCGUAAGAAUCUACCUAUGCUGACGGGAGUAGUCAAACACGAAGGCACGUUCGCUUUGGUGGAUAUAUUCGCUAUACUGGCUCAUCAGAAGCUACUCGCAAACAAGCAGUUCAUGCAGUAUGACCUUCUGGAAGAAGUUCCAAGGAUUCUCGCGUCAACAGAGACCAGUAACACGUUGGCACCGUUGAUCGCUAGAUCGAUGUUCAACAUUGACGAUCUUAAAUCUGGAGAUCUUCGACGACUCAUUCCAGGGUUGAUAGAUUACUGUGGAGCGGUCAUCAUAAAGUCUACGGUUCUCCGUUCGGCACAAUUCAAUAGCCGACACAAUCCGGACAACACUUACGUAUACAGCUUCGAUUACUAUGGCGAGCAUACGCGAUUCGGCUUUGACCAAGAUCUCAGCAAGAUUCCGUUCGAUGGAGGAGUUCAUCACACCAAUGACCUGUUGUUCCUCUUCCCGUACCCGGAAAAUGCGAAGCUCAACGAACCGGAUACAGAAAUCGCUAAAAAGAUGGUUGACAUGUGGACUUCGUUCGCCAUCGAUGGAGUUCCAAAAUCGAAGGAUCUACCGGAGUGGCCGGUUUUCAAGGAUGUCUACGGUCCGUAUCUUCACAUCAACAAGCAGUUCAGCAUCGGUCAAAAUUUCUUAGAUGAGCUUACGGUUGUGGCAGACGAAACAGCAAGAGCAGCGAAGAUCUACGGAGAACCGAAGAUGGCUUCGUUUCGUGGCGCUGUGAUCAGGAGUGGAAUCCUUCAGAAGAGUGUGUUUCAGAACAGAGCAUCGAUGUCGGUCGCUUUCUUCUCAACUGACGGGAAUGGUAACCCAGUGAUUGAACUUCCCGGACUUGGAAAGCUGAAAGGAUCGACUACUAAGGGGGCUUGGAGUGGUACAAACAUUUUCCAGUUCCUGAAUAUUCGUUACGGAGAACCUGCCAACGGUGAACAACGGUUUAAGCCUCCAGUACCGGUGAAGCCCUGGAAUGGAGUUGAAGACGUGUCCACCUAUAAACUUGGAUCUCCCGUGUACUACUGCAUGAAGAAGUACACUCCGGAGCAGUUGGCGCAAAACCAAGAGGACUGUAUCAACCUUUGCGUCUACACGAAGAACGUCGAGGCUAAAAAGCCAGUUAUCGUAUAUGUCCACGGGGGAAUGUUCUACGACGGAGCAGCUCGUCACUUCCCGCCCAACUACAUAAUGGAGAAAGAUGUAGUCCUCGUUGUUCCACAAUACCGACUUGGACCGCUGGGUUUCCUGUCUACAAGAAGCGAGAACAUUCCCGGUAACGCCGGAGUAUUGGAUGUGAUCCUUGCCUUGGAAUGGGUUCAGAAGUACAUCGCCAACUUUGGGGGUGAUCCAGAUCAGGUUACCGUUAUGACACAGUCUUCGGGAGCUUGUAUGAUGUCUGCAAUGAUGUUCAGCCCGGUCGUCGAUACUGAAAAGUUGUUCCACAAGCUGAUCGUACAAUCAGGAUCCUGUUUCGCUUCUUGGGGCUACGAUCAGAAUCCAGAAGCAAACGCUCGGCAUAUUGCAGAACUAGCUGGAUACGAUUCCAACGCUACGCUAGAAGAGAUCGAAGCAUUCUUGCUGGAGCUCGACACCUACAAAUUGCUUAAGGCUUUUGCUCAACAUUACCGUAUCGGUAUUCAAAAGAAGGGCAUCGACAAUGUCGGUGGAUGUCGUUUGGUCACCGAAUGUCCCAACGGUCUAUUCCCGAUCCUACCAUAUCACACCAUGAGAAAAGGUCUUGUGCGGAAAAAUCUCCCUCUGCUGAUCGGAACAAUGAAACACGACGGAACGUUCGCACUACUCGAUAUAUUUCUCGUCCUGGCCCAACGCAAGCUACUGGGCAACAAAGCCGUCAACUCCUACUCGAUGAUCGACGUAGUCAACCAAAUCUUGGGCAUGGACGAUCCGAAUGGCGUAACCAGCUCUCUUCAGACUGCUCUCUUCUUCGACCAAGCACAACUCGUCGAAGGCAAUCUCGCGAAGAUGGUCCCCAGCUUCUCCGACCUGGCAGCCACCUGUCUGAUGAAAGGUCCCGCCCUUAAACUGGCCCAAACUAACGCAAAACAUCAGCCGAACAACACCUACCUAUACAGCUUCGACUACCGUGGCGAGCAUACCCGGUUCGGAUUCGGCGUGGACGUAAACCAGUUUCCGUUCGACGGCGGAGUUCAUCACAACGAUGACCUGAUGUACCUGUUUCCGUACCCGCCGAAGGCUUCGAAGCUCAACGAUGCGGACACAGCGAUUGCCAAACGGGUGGUAGAUCUGUGGACUUCGUUUGCCUGUGAGGGGGUUCCGAGGGCCGAGGGAGUGCCGGAGUGGCCCAACAUGACACGUGUUUGUGGACCGUAUCUCAAAAUCGACACCAGCUGUACGGUGGGCGAAAACUAUACAGAUGAGUUCAAUGCAACUUUACGAGAUCCAGCAGCAAUCGCCAGGAAAACGAAGACUAGUAGUCCCACGUUCUACCGGCUACGCCAUUGUCGUGAAUCGAAAUCCAAGCUAAAUCUCCGCGGGUACGGAGUGCCGCACGAACACGUCCGUUCGUCUCAAAAUCCGUCGAAAGAAGAACGAAUCCGACGCGUCCCGAGCAUAUCUGGUCACCGUACUCCUCCUGGAUCCAAAGCCCGCCGAGCUCCUAAUAGCACCUUUGCUCUACACUACCGAGCUACCUUUGCUUCCAAGCUCCUCCUGGCUCCAAGCUUCAUCCGAGUACCUUCCCGCCAUCCAGCUCCAGCGUCCCGAUCAGCCAGCACCCUCUGCCUCGACCUCCUGGUUCCAGCGCAGGUCCCUCAAGAUACUAGAUCCUCACCGCCUCUUGGUAUCUCAACGACUAUUGGCACCAGUCCUCAUCGCAUCUUGAUACCUAAUCGGAUAUUGGAUGGUACCGCAUCUUAG